AUGGCAGGAUACGCACCACCCCUAUUUUACGGAAAAGCCAGAGAAGAUCCUGAAGAAUGGAUUAGAGAUUUUAGACAAUACUGUGAAGCAUCUGGGCUUGAUCCACUUGCAGACGCUCGAACCAGAGUAAGGAUUCACGGACUUUUUGAGACUUGUUUAAGAGAUGAUGCAAAAGAUUGGUAUGAAACUCAUCUCAAGAAUAAAAAUUGGGAAUUGCAAAAUAUUAGCGACAAUACGGGUCUUGCAGAUCUCGGUGCCAUCAAUGGAUUGGCUAAUAAUAAUGCAUUGCGUAAUAUCAAUGCUAAUCAGUUUAGAGGCGGAGCUCUUCAAAUAAGAAAUACAGUUCCAGCUGACAACAAUGCAAUUGCUAUACACGUACCAUUGGUGCCAGCACAUACCGUUUUUGAUGAAAAUUGGUUGAUAUCUGGUGGACGACCAACAGAACUAGCACCUAAUGCACCUAAUGCUAAUGCAGGGGGAAAUACUAUAGCUCCAGGAAUUCGCAUCGGACAGUGGUAUAACAUUACUCAAGGUACUGAUCCUAUAGGUCGUUUUUACGUAAAAUUGAAAAGAAUGGUUGGUCUUGCCUAUCCAGCACUUCCAGCAUUGAAUCGAGAAGAAAUGGUUAGACAGCAAUUCUUUCAGGGCCUUUCUCCUGAUAACAAAAUAGAAGUAAGACGUAUUGGUCUCGAAUAUCCAAUUUCCGCUUUACUACCAAAAUUAAAAGAAAUUGAAAGACAGAAGGCUGAAAUGAUGGGUCAGUAUAAUCCUGAAUCUCACCCCGUUAUUUCUCGAUUACAAUCUAAAGAUAACGCAAAAGAUUCUUACAUAACAAGCAAUACGGAUAUGACUGAAACUGAAGUCAGAAACUUGGUAAAAUCUAUGAUGUUAUCUGAACAAUCUCAACCCGUCUCGCAAACUAUCUCUUCUAAGCCUCAGGAGAACCAGAUCACGCUUUCACAAAAUGAUUUCAAAAAAAUUAUAGCGGGUUUGAAGGGAACUAUUGCUAAAGGACAACAAACUUUGAAGAAACCCCCCGGACCAGGAAAACGAAAAGCCGAUGAUCUUGCUAUGGAUUGUUUUUUAGAAAAUUUAAUAGACGAUCCAGGUUUACCUGGAGAGGACUAUGACUAUGACCCGGUUGAAGAUUUGAGACUACAAUUCGAGGAGAUGGAUAUUAAUCGAGCAAAAUUAGCUCGAAUAAUACAUGCUGUUUUAAAAUCUUCUCAAUACAAAUGUUCAAAGUGCGGUAAAACAGGCCAUAAUUCUCGCAAUUGCCCUAAAAAUAAAAAGAAGAGCAAGUCUAGACGUUCUAACAAAAGCGGAUCUAAGAAAAAAGCUAUGUUUAACGAUCCAGAGGUUAUAGAAACGAUUAAAAACAAUAUUAAUAAUACAAAUGUAUCUAUGACUCGAAGAGUCGCUCCUGAAGGGCCUGCACAACCUGACUUUAUAAAUUAUCGAGAGCCGGCCCCAGAAAUACCCGAAUCAGAUGAUGAAGAGGAAACGCUGAACGAUCCUAUGGAGAUUGAUUUCGUCCGUCGGAAAGAACCGGUAAUUAGUAUUGCAACUAUACCAGUUAAAAUCAAACGCUUAAAAAUUCCAGCAUUGGUACUUGAUAGUGGUGCCGAACCUGCAAUUGUAUCAGAAGAUAUUGUUAAACGUAUAGGCGGGAAAAUAGAUAGGUCAGAAAAAUACGAUCUUAGUGGAGUCGCUACUGUUCCAACGGAAUCUGUUGGUAUUACUCAUAAUUUGCCAAUAACAUUUCCUCCAGGUUUUACUAUACGUGAAGAUUUUGUAGUUGUACGAGUUCCUAAACCGACAUUAAUAUUUCCAAAUCCGCUUCUUAAAAAAUAUAAAUGUGCUGUAGACUGGGGUAACGAUAAAAUGAAAAUUCAUUACAAUGGAGAAGAUUUUAUUAUUCCGGUUACUAUGCACAAAGUCAAGAAGUAA